GUCCAGCAUAAUCAGCCGCGACAGGAUCCCUCCUGAUCGACUAGUCGUCGUUGUGUUGCAAUCUGAUCCGACGCUUCCAUUGUCUAUAUUUUAGCAGUCGUACGAGAGCCGGGAGUCGCCGCCGAGGCAGCACAGAUCGACCUCUAAAAUUGCCCACCAAGCAAAUCAAGACAGUCAGUCAGUCAGUCGCAAUCGUAGUCACGGCUCCGAACCCAGAUCGAUCGCGCCGGUUUCUAGAACCCACCCGAUCUGCGGCGGAGGGCCAAGAUCAUGACGUGGCUGGCAGAGCCCCUGCAUAGGAAACAUGAAUUCUUGGAAAUCGGAGUCCUUCGAUGUUCUCUCACGGCACAUUGAUGCAGGCUCUCCUGAUGUUGGAGCCGUCCAAGCAAGAGGUCCGAUGGCGUGGCGAGAGCCAUCAUCGCCGCCACAAAAUGUCACGGAAAGGGUGCUGUGCACGGAUGUGAUCGCAACCGCGCGAAAUCGGGGGUCGCUUGAUUUUUAUCUUUAUUCUCUUUAUGUUGUUUUUUUUAUUCUUUUGUAUUCGAUGUGCUUCUUCAGGUUGAUCGGUUGUGUUAUUUGUUUGCUCCAGCAAUUUUUCUGUCGUUUCAUUGUCAUGCUGUGACUGCUCUGUUUGACGGUGGCGCUCAUGGUGUAGUCGUCGUGCGGUGCUGUCACAUUCGGGUACUGUUUCAUGUCUAGGAAUACUCAGACUUGCGAACGAGUUGUGGUGGUGGAGUUUGUUUAGCUCUUUUGUACUUGGUCUAUUUUUUCUUCAGUUUGGAUAGGCAGCGCGGUCCUAGUUUAAUAGUGGUACUAGAUUCGGUGCAUUUCUGUUCAAUUCGGGGAGGGAAUGUGGGCGGAAUCGAAAGGAUUCUAGCUGGGAUUUCGGUGAAUUGUGGGUUACUGUUGAGAGUAGAGCCUUGAAUUGAAGUGAGUGAUGACAGAAAGUAUGGCACAAGAUGUGCCGCACAAUUGUGGUUUAUAUGGCGGAGAGAGUUAUGGAGAUGGAGAGUUGGUUUUUGCUUACUAUGUUACCGGGCAUGGAUUCGGUCAUGCAACCCGUGUGGUUGAGGUUGCAAGGCACCUGUGCGCCGCAGGGCAUGAGGUGUACAUCGUGACAGGGGCUCCGGAGUUUGUUUUCAAACGAGACAUUCCAUCCUCAAGACUCCAUAUUCGGAAGGUUUUGCUGGAUAGCGGAGCUGUGCAGUCCGAUGCUCUUACAGUUGAUUGCCAGGCAUCACUAGAACAGUACUACCGGACAGCAGUUGAGAAUCGUGAGGUCCUGUUAGCUCUGGAAGUGGACUGGCUGAAGUCUAUCAGAGCCAAUCUCGUGGUAUCCGACAUCGUUCCAAUUGCGUGUCGAGCGGCUGCUCGAGCAGGCGUUCCUUCCAUCUGUGUCAGCAACUUUAGCUGGGAUUUCAUAUAUUCUGAGUAUGUCACCGUCGCUGGGAAGCAUCACCAAUCCAUUGUUUGGCAGAUUGCUGAAGACUACUCGAACGCCCUCUUUUUGAUUCGCCUUCCAGGCUACAGUCCUAUGCCGGCAUUUCGAGACGUAAUUGAUGUGCCUCUAGUGGUUCGAACUGCACGAAGGAGUCGCCAACAGGUUCGCAAGGACCUCGGAGUUGAUGAAGUUGUGAAAGUGCUCCUCCUUAAUUUCGGUGGUCAGGACGCGAGGUGGUCACUAAAGAACGAAAACUUGCCACCAGGCUGGCUAUGCUGGGUCUGUGGUGCACCUGCGGAGCAAGAGCUGGGCAACAAAUUCAUGCGCAUGGACCGCGAUAGUUAUGUCCCAGAUCUCCUAGCUGCCAGUGACUGCAUGCUUGGCAAGAUUGGAUAUGGAACAUUCAGUGAGGCGCUGUCAUGUAAGAAGGCGUUUAUAUUUGUUCGACGUGAUCAUUUUAACGAGGAGCCCUUUUUAAGGAAGAUGCUUGAGUUAAACCGUGGAGGCGUGGAAAUGAAUAGGCGUGAUUUUUUGAGUGGACGCUGGGGGCCAUACCUCGAGCGUGCGCUAGUUAUCAAACCCACCUAUGCUGGCUCAUUGGAUGGAGGAAAGGUUGCCGCAACUCUGUUGAAGAACGCUGCUCGGGGCGAAGCUUACACCAUAAAACCAGAUCUCCAGCAAAGUGGAGCUCGGCGAUUGAGGGAUGCCAUUAUCUUUGGAUUUCAGCUGCAAGCGCAUCCUGGUCGGGUGGAUGACAUUCCAGACUGGUAUGUACCGAGUCGAACACGGCUAGAUUUACUCCCAGAAGUAAAAACAAACGACAUCGAGGUUCUCAAGCAACAAAAUGGUCCUCUAACCAGGGAAAUACAAGUAGAUGACUUCGAUAUACUUGAGGGAGAUCUUCAUGGACUUGCAGACACGGCACUUUUCCUUCGCACUUUGGCGAGAUUAGAUGAAGAGGGAGAUGUUCGAGCCAGCGAUCUCGCUGAAAAGCCGCAAGAACGAGAGCGUUUGGCCGCAGGAGGUUUGUUUCGCUGGGAGGAUGAUGUAGUUGUGGCCAGAGCGCCAGGGAGACUGGAUGUCAUGGGUGGCAUUGCAGAUUAUUCUGGUAGCUUGGUUCUUCAGAUGCCAAUCAAGGAGGCAUGCCAUGUCGCCUUGCAGAGGAGCCCACCUGGGAAGCAAAGGUUGUGGAAACACAUUAUGGCGCGGCAUGCAGCAAAAGGGUUAGGUGCAAGACCUGUUGUGUGCAUUGUGUCAUUUGGGUCUGACAAGGUUAAUCGCGCACCAACAUUCGACAUGGACAUAUCCGACUUUUUUGAUUCCUCUGACGAACCAAUAACUUACGAAGCAGCGCACAAGUAUUUCGAGCACGAUGCUUCUCAGAAAUGGGCAGCAUAUGUUGCUGGGACGAUCUUGGUUCUAAUGAGAGAGAUUGGUGUACGCUUCAACGAUAGCAUGAGCAUACUUAUAUCAUCAGCAGUUCCGGAGGGCAAGGGAGUAUCAUCCUCUGCGGCACUUGAAGUGGCUACCAUGAGCGCCAUCGCAGCUGCUUACGGAUUGAACAUCUCGCCCAGGGAGCUUGCGGUUCUCUGCCAGAAGGUUGAGAAUCACAUUGUGGGAACCCCUUGCGGAGUGAUGGACCAGAUGGCAUCGGCUUGUGGUGAGGCUAACAAGCUCUUAGCCAUGGUCUGCCAGCAAGCAGAAGUUCAGGAGCAUGUGAAUAUUCCUAGUCAUGUGCAGUUCUGGGGGAUUGAUUCAGGCAUUCGCCACAGUGUUGGUGGUGCAGAUUAUGGUUCAGUAAGACUUGGAGCAUUCAUGGGCCGCCGCAUAAUACAAGCCAAAGCUUCCAACAUUUUGGACAGAUUGCAAGUGUCGGGCACUAACGGGGACGCUGACGACGCCGACCUUCACUCUUUGAUGCAAGAUGCCGAAGAAAAGUAUUUGUGUAACAUCCCCCCUCACAGGCUGGAGGCACACUACACAAGCUCAUUGCCGGAGACAAUGAGAGGGGAGGAAUUCACGAAGGUUUAUGGCAACCACAACGACCCAUUCACAAAAAUCAUACCGAGCAAAUCUUACACCAUUCAAGUCCCUGCAGCGCACCCAAUAUAUGAGAACUUCCGAGUGAAGUCCUUUGCAGUGUUGCUGACAGCCGCAGCGACGGAUGCUCAACUUGAAGCCCUGGGUGAACUAAUGUUCCAGUCCCAUCACAGCUACUCCAAGUGUGGGCUGGACUCUCAUGGCACUAACAGGCUUGUAGCAUUGGUGAGGAGAAUGAAGCAGAAGGCCAAGCCCGACACAGCAACAUUAUUUGGCGCAAAAAUCACAGGCGGAGGUUGUGGAGGCACAGUCUGCGUGAUUGGUCGACCAGGCAUAGAAAGCAGCUCAAACAUAUAUGAGAUACAGAAUAGUUACAAGGCAUCCACAGGUCAUCGUCCAUAUGUAUUUGAAGGAUCCUCCAUGGGAGCAGGGAAAUUUAAAUUCCUUCGCGUUCAUCGCCGAAGCGCGUCAACCUGAUAGCAGGAUUUGGUCUUCAGGAUUAGAACCAGCAGUCAGACAAAAUAUAACCCAUUUCUGUUCUUCACGCGGCACUUAAUGAAGGCGGUAGCCCAGAAAAUAAUUCACAUCAUGAAGCAGUUCUGAUAUUUUGUAACCUCCUUGACCUAGCACACUGGGCUCUAAAGUUAUUUAUUUAGUCAAUAUUGUAAAACAUGAUUACGACACAAAGGCAUGUUGCAUCCUCUAACCAUUGUUUAGUCUACAACAUUGAGAGAAACAAAAAGAAAAAAAUAUAUUUUCAUUCA